UUCUUAACGAAUGGCCUCGGAAGGGAGUUCUGGUAUGGGUAGGGGUUUAGAGAUUGUGAGGGUGGACGAGCCCAUUGUGGCGACCUCCUCAGAAAUAGCUGGGGCCAUAAUGGGAGGGGAAAACAUGUGGAAGCGACCAGAUAGCCCUCCGGAUAUCUCUGUGCACUGGGGGGCAUCGGACUACCCAUCAAAGUUGAGGGAGGCCGACCUUGGUAGACUUAGGACGGAAUAUAGGAUCCCGGACAGUGUGGACCUGAUUCUCCCAGGGCCAGAGGAGAGGGCUUGUUAUCCAAGGCCGGGCUGCGUGGCCAUUAGCGAGGCGAUCCUUAGGGCCGGACUUAGGCUGCCUAUUCACCCGUUCUUUAGGUUGGUGCUUAGGUCUUACGGGCUAGCCCCGACGCAGCUCAAUCCGAACUCCUGGAGCCAGAUGGUGGGCUCCUGGAUGUUGUGGAAAGAGGCGUCGUUAGGAGUGGAGAUGCCCCUUUCCGUUUUCCAAACUCUUUACAUACCCAAGGUUACUGCCGGGGAGGAUAAGACCCGGGGCUGGUACUACCUGACGUCAUGGGGUUCCCACCCUCCAUUUGUGAUCGAUCUGCCGAGCUCCAUCAAGGAAUGGAAGAGCUCUUGGUGCUGGGCAGCGGGACGAUGGGACACAAUGGAGGGGGACCCCCUGGCACCUCUUACAGUCCCGGCGAAGUUUUCAACACUUAGUUCCCUCCCUCGGUGCGAGCUGUCGACAGAGGACUUCGACAUUAUUUGCGUUAUUUAUCAACUGCCUCAGAAGAAAAGAUCAUAUCACAGGCUCAUUCGGAAAAACAUACACUUCAUCACUCACGAAUUAAUGGCGUCCCAAGAUAACUUCAAGAAGAAGCUGCCAGUACGCCCUGACUUCAAAACAAUUCAGAAAAUGAUGGCCGAAGCAAGGGCGCUGAAGGCCUCCUCCUCUUCAUAUAAAAAGCAAAUGGAAGAGCUGGUGGAGGCUAGUAAGAGACUUCAGCCUCCGACGGAGGAGGAGGUUCAGGAGGAUCCAGAGGCCGACCUUCAAAGGAAGGGCAAGAAAAGUGCUGUACCUCCCAGACGCCCCACUGUGGCGAGGCCACCCCCAGUUAUGCGGCAGACAACUAUUCCCACGGGGGGGGCCCUCCCAGAGAGAAAUCCCACUGCUACGGAGCCUGUCGCUGCCCCGGACGCGGCGCCCCUCGCGGCUGUACCUAUCGAACAUGUUCCGGGGCAGCAGAGAAAAAGGGCUCGCUCCAGCAAAGAGGUUAACUUCCUCGGCUCCAGUUCCGAAGAGCCGGUAAGGGAGGUGCUGGAGGCUCUCCCUCCAGAAACAGCUGCGGUAGCGGUGGUCCACAGCAAGUAUUGGACCGAAGAGUGGAGGGAACACACCGCAUCCUGUACUGCUGAAGACUUGGUGGCGGCGAACAGCGCCUGCGUGGCCCGGGCACUAAGUACGAGUAUCCAACUCGAGGGCUUGGCCAAAGCUGCCAAGGCAGAGGAGGAAAAGAGAGCUGCUGAGGUUCAGCUCGCUGCUUCGCAGGCGGAGGUGGAGCGGCUGAAAAAGGAGCUUUAUGAGGUGGAAUGCCAGGUGGCUGUGGUGACUCGGCGGCUUGACCACGCUAAUGAGCACCACAAGCUUGCCACCGAUGCCCUAGAGGCCUCCAACAGAGAAAAAGCGGAGCUGAAGCAGCAUGCAGAGGCCCAGUCAGUGGAGAUUGCCUCUCUGAGGGAGGAGUUAAAGUCUGCGGGGGAGGUGGCGGUUCAAAAUUUUAUUGAUCACUUCGAGGACCAUCCCCUUUAUGACGACUUUGCCAACUUCUGGGCCUCGUGGAGUGCCCAAAGCCUAUUGGGUCGGCUGAAGGAGGUGCAUCCCACACUGGACAUCUCUCAACUAGAGGCAGAGUUUGGGGGACCCACUGGAGGCCGGCCUGACAAGGUUACCGAGGAGGUUCCAGAGGCCCAGGAGGCGGCCAGUGCUGAAGUUCCAUAG